UCUAACCAACCGUCACUUAAAACCGCCAGCAUAGCGUACACUUGACUUUCUCUUUUAUUUAGUAACCGGAAGUAGCGUGUAAUCCUGCUAACUUGCCAUUUCCUGCCUCCGGGCGACAUCACUUUUGACGCAGUAGACGUGGACACGCCUCUCAAACCCUCUCACACACGCACACAAACACACUUUUAACACGCACACUAACACACUUAAUAACACGCACACAACCAAAACAACGACUUUUGAAGAAGACGCGCAUCACUUUCGACACUUUUGAAGUCGCCCCCCCAACCAUGAACUCACCGGGCAGUCGUCCCACCAGGUGGGGGAGGAACCCUUUCGUCCACAAUUUGGAAUUAAGCUUGGCGGACAAAAUAACGAUGGGUCUGAUGUCUGUGACGGUGUUCCCAGUCCGCCUCCUCCUGGUGUCCUUCCUCAUGCUGCUGGGCUGGCCCUUCGCCUUCGUGGCCUCGGUGGGACGCUCCGAGUUUGUGGUGGAGCCGCAGUCGUGGUGGCGACGUCUGGUCGACGUGGCCCUGCGCGUCAUCAUGCGAGCCAUGUGGUUCUGCGCAGGGUUCCAUCGGGUCAAAGUGAAAGGGGAACGGGCGGCGCCCUCCCAGGCCGCCAUCCUCACGGUGGCGCCGCACUCCACCUUCUUUGACGCCAUCCCGGUCACCUCCACCAUGUGCUCCAUCGUCAGCAAACUGGAGGUCCAAAGCAUUCCCGUCUGGGGAACGUUGAUCCAGUACAUCAGACCAGUUCUUGUACUACGCUCCAAUCUGGACUCCAGGAGGCAAACCGUUGAGGAGAUCAAGAGGAGAGCGCGGUCGGGAGGGGAGUGGCCUCAGAUCAUGAUAUAUCCAGAGGGCACGUGCACCAACAGGUCCAGUCUCAUCUUGUUCAAGGCUGGCGCUUUUUUACCAGGACUACCAGUGCAACCAGUCGUGCUGCGAUACCCAAACAGACUGGAUACGAUUUCAUGGACGUGGCGAGGGCCCGGCGCAUGGAAGAUCCUGUGGCUGACUCUGUGCCAGCCUCACACUUCCAUGGAGGUGGAGUACCUGCCUGUGUAUACUCCGUCUGACCAGGAGAAGGAAAACCCCAGUCUGUUUGCCAAUAAUGUCCGGAAAAUCAUGGCAAAAGCGUUGGAGGUUCCUCUCACCGAUUUGACCUUUGAGGACCGCGAGCUCAGCUAUGCAGAGGGGCCCCUGAAAGUCUACGACCCCAGCAGCCUGUUGGAGUUCAACCACCUGCUGCCCCGCUUGAGGCUCAAGACGACAGAAAGCUCGUUGCAGGAGCAGGUGAGCAGAGUCAGGAAGCUGCGGAAACAUCUUCUGACUUUGGAGGACUUUGCCCUCUUCCUCCAUGUUGGUGUGACGGACACACUUCAACACAUCCACAGACUCUUUAACCAGCAGGAAGAGGGCCAGAUAGACAUCAGGCACUACCUGCUUGCCUUGUCCACCAUUUACAGGCCAUCCAAGUCAAUGGAGACCCUCAAGAUGGCCUUUGAGAUGUAUGACUGCCAAGACACCGGCCAGGUCCAUGAGCGGGACCUCGCCGCCAUGUUGGAAAUCAUGUUGGGGGUGAAGGAAGUGGAGCUGUCCCUGCUGAUGAUGGAGCUGGGAGGACCACACAAUGGCAAGGUCACGUAUGAUGAACUUUGGUGUUUUAUGGAGGAGCAUCCUCACUUUGUCCAGAACUACUUGGACUUCAAAGACCACCCCCGCCAUUUGUGUGUGGGCCCACAUGACACCUGCAAUGGACACACGACACCAAAUGACACCAGAUGACAGCUGCAAUGGACACAUGACACCUGCAAUGGACAUAUGACAC